CUUUAUCACUGCUGACAACUUCACUGUCCUCCCUAUCACUCAUGUUUGCAAGCUGUUUUAUGUAACUUUUUAAACUGGUCCCAUAGUCAGUUAGUAUAAGGGAAGGAUAUAUUGGUUUCUCUUCUUACCCAUCCAUUCAGUUGGCUGGACCUUAAUAUUGGAAUUAUUGUGGGAAAGCUAACUAAAAAAUGAGUAAUACUUUAUUUUGAAAGCAGUGAGGUGAGUUAUCAUUUUCUGGGUGGGAGACUGUGUUUGUGUCCAAAACCUCAUUUUGAUUGCCUGGGUGAGCCUUUUUGAUGGCACAGCCAUGCAGCAGCUCUUAAUAGUGACCAGCCUGAGGAACAGCAGCUCCAUUCUGCUACCAUACUCAGCUGGUAGAGGUUAAGUCUAGGAACAAAACAAAGAUAAGAGAUUAAGGGGGGGGGGCUUAAAAGAGGCUGGUGGCUAUGGCGAGGAGAGUGUGAAUGAAAGAUGAGGGGCUGAAAAUGUAAUGAAACUUCCACUGUGCCACCUUAUUUCAGAAGAAAUUUGUCCCUUGUAGGUCUCUUUAAAUUUACUUAUCAAUGUAAAAAGGAAGUGGUAGCUAUUGACUAGUUCACAACAUUUUAGUAGAGAAGAUGAACUGGUAAAUUAUAAAUAGCUGUUGCAAGGGGGAGGAAAGCAUGUAGGGGACAGCAAAAGGGGAAAGUGACCAUCUGAAUAGAUAAGGGAAGCAUUUACAGUUUCUAAAUUUGAACAAUAUAUUCAGUGUUCCUUUUUAAAUUUGUUUACUAGGAACUAAUUAUUACAAUAGAAAUAUUUAAGUGAUUUUUUUUUUAAAUAUAAAAAGCAGUGACCCCCUCCAAGGGCUGCAGUAGGAGGGCAUUAGUAUUGCCCUAGCACUAGCUUUUAAAAUACAUCCUGAAAUUCUGUGUCCUAAUCGUUUACAGAUAUAAAUUUCAUAAUCUUGCUCAAACUGUGCUUACAGCUCUUGAGAACGUUUUGGGGGUUGUGUUUUGACGUCUCUGCCUCUUCCUCCUCACCGCUACUCUUUCCUCUUAUUUUAAUACUUAAAAAAAAAAAAAUCACGUCCCGUCUUUCCAUCACGGCUCAAAGUGGGAGGUGAGCCGCAGCCCUCCCCGGUGAGUGCUUUCCCCCGCCCACAGAGCCCCGCCUCCCUCUCAGCCUCGCUGCUGCGUGUCUGUCUCAUUCAUCGGGAGCCAGCGACGGAGCCUGGAGGUCCCAGCACGGUCGCGCUCUCCUAUGGAGCUGCACCUGGGACCGAUCCGUCCGCGGGGGAUGCUCGGCCCUGCCCGGGGUGCGAUCUGCCCUGAGCACCUGUGAGGAGCAGAGGGGGUCACCCGGCACCACCAUGUCCCUGCCGCCCAUCCUGCCUCCCCCCGCCCCGGCCGCUAUCCCCGCCGCCCCCCGAGCGCAGCCUAGGAAGCCGGCGGCCCCCAGGAAGGCAGCGCCGCCGCCGCCCGCCGAGGAGAAGCCGCCGAGGAAGCCGCGGGGGGCGCCCCCGGAGCGGGCCGGUCCCUUCCCCAGCUCCUGGCCCUGCGCCUCUCUGCAGAGGCAGCAAGCGCGGAGGCCGGCCCCGGCCCCGCCACAGCCCCGCGGUCGCUCCUGCGAGACCCUGUGCGCGGCGGCGGGGCCGGAGGCGGGGGCUGCAGAGGCCGCUCUGCGCUUCUCGCUCAGCCUCCCCCCCGAGGCGGCCCUGGUGCUGCAGCGCCGCAGCCUGGAGAAGCAGCGGGGGCGGCCGAGCCCCUCCUCAGCCACCGAGCGCCUCCUGCCGGGCCCCCGGAGCAAGGCGGCCCCGGCCGUGGGGGGCUCGGCGCGGAGGGGGGCCCGGGCCGGGCCGGGGUCCAGCCCCGGGGACCUGCGCGCCCUGCUGAAGAUCUCGCUGCUGAACGAGCGGCACCGCUACGACGACGUGGAGUACGAGGAGGAGGCGGCGCCGGGGGCCGUGGCGGACGAGGGGCUGGUGCGCAAAUGCACCGAGUGGCUGCGCGGGGUGGAGAGCGCGGCCGGCCGGGACCGGGCCGACAAGCUGGAGACCCUGCCCCACCUGGGGGCCCUCUGAGCCUUGGGUGGCACCUGCCUGCCCAGCCCCCGCCCCUCCUGCAGCAAUAUCCCGGGGGCAACACAUGUGAUGUGCCCCGCAGCGGGGUUCUUCCUCUCUCUCUAUUAACCCCCCCGGGAAGCUGGACAGCACCGUAUCCUGCUCCAAAGCCACCUCGCGGGUUCGUCUCCCCAGACUGAGAGCCACGGAGAGCGGAGUUUUAGUGCCGGGUUUAAUCGCCCGCCUUGCUGCUAUCCCCGCUGAGGAAACUGACUAGCGUUUUGACCCCGUGGGGGCUGGCGGCUGUUCCAGGCGCUACAUAAACGGGAAAAGAUGUAUUUAUAGCUGCUGUGUACUGUGUAUUUUCAUUCACAUCUUGUGGGGAGAGAAAAAAGUGGGGGCUGACUAAUCAGUGUUGUAGAGAUGCUUCUCCUGAUCCGGCUGGGCUGCUGGAUGCUUUUUAUCUGAAAUCAGGAGACAGAGUUUCUAGCGGGUGAUGGACAGGACGGGGAGGUUAAAAUCUGCACGUGGGGGUGUUUGAAUGUGAUCAAAUGUGAGCAGAAACAGAGGCAAAUGUUCUCAGCUAGUUAACUUACUGUAAUGCAACAGGUGCUUAAUCUGCUGUAAGAAGAACAGGAGUACUUGUGGCACCUUAGAGACUAACAAAUUUGUUAG